AACAAACGUGAGUUCAGUGGUAAAGGCUAAACAGAAGGAAAGUUUGGUUAACUUGCAAUUAAAUGUUAUUGGUGUAGAACGUUUUUGCAUAACUUCAACUAUGAAACAUUUAACAGCUGAAUCGUUUUACUUGAUCGGUACAUCCGUUUGUGGUGACACUAACGUUGAAAGAUAGAAGGUAAUAAGGGAGUGACCUUUGUUAACACCUCCCAGUUGGAUGAUUCGUAAGCGAGCUGAAGUCAGUGUACGCAAGGCUUAGUCGUUGGAUUGGUAGGCUAUUUUGUUGUUCCGUGAUUCCUGAAACUGAACUGACGUAACAUAAUUCGUGGAAAACUGAAUAAGAACUAGAAGGAAUCUUAAGUGUGUAUAAAGGUUUUUGAAGAGUUCAUGAAACUAGGAAAGGCAGAUCAAAUCUGUGAAAAGCAGACAGUUAUCUGGAAAGUGAGACUUUAUUCAUAAUGGAUUUCCAUCUCAUAAAUGCAAUGAUUUUGCUGGUUAUUGCCAUAUUUUCUCUUACUGUAACAGCAAUGUCAAGUUUUGAAGCUGACAGCUCACGGUCAUGUACGGUAACGUGGCACUUCCAGUCGCAGUACGUAACUCCGCUGUUAGAGAAAACGUCUCACGUGACGGGGUGCACCAGCCAGGAUAUCACUAGGAAUUCAAAGGAAAUUCAUGUGAUUCGUUUAGAAAGUGCUGGUUUUAACACUACGUCAUCCUCUGACUUCCUUCCACGUGUGUCUCUCAAAGUUAAGCCUCGCAUAAAAAACAGUAUUCAUGUUGGUCCUCUUGUGGUGAUUCUGAACACUCCCACUCCUGUUAUGUGGCAGCUGGAAGUGGAACAAAUCUCCAAUAAUUCUCGUUUCGUUGUCUUUAUCACCCACGAGUCUCAGGUGAUUUCAAGCACCCCACUACGGCUGACAGUUCGAGAGAAACACACGUCAUCUCUCAAAAAAAUUUUGAACUGGGCGAGAGGUCAUUUUGGAGCGCUGACUUCACUAUCAAGAAUCCGAAUGGCUAACAGUGUUGUGUUGAAGAUUGGAGUAGAUGGCAAAUUUCCAGAAUUGUGUGAAGUUACCGUGGAGGGAAAGGUUGACAACCUGGAAGCUUCUUUCAUUCAACCUCAACCUGCCUCAGGUUGUACUGCGUCACAAAACAUCGGUCCUGCCAACAGGGAUGUCCAUGUAAUAAAGAUCAGGUCAACCAGAGAAUCAGAUGAAGUUGUUAUUCAUCUCCAGCCUCAAGGAGCAGCUGAGAGAAAUGCUCCCAGUAAACCAAUCAUCAUUAAGGAUUUGGUUUUGGUUUUAAAGUCUGAAUCAGCAGUCAGAUGGAGGAUUGACAGCUGGGGUGUUCAGGGAAUUGUACAUGUGGUGGCUGAACACCAGGUGUUACCAGGCUUGGUACCUAGUUUCCAGCUUGUGAAAGUAAAAGUCCAGAGUCUACCGAAUGAUACAGAAGAGUUGGUGUCAGCAAUGGCAGAUAUUUUUGGUAAUGUUUCUACAGUUAUGGAGACCAACAUAGCAAACAGAGUUAACAUCAUGGUUGUAGGAGAAAGUGCUGAAACAGAUCACCGUAAUGUGCAGAGUGAUGGAGAGUCACUUAAGGAUCGAUUAUCAGUUGGUCAAGAUGAGCCACAGGUUCUUCAAUCCCAGCAGUCAGAUAGUGUUACUGUCUCCUCUCAGAUACCUCCUUCUCCUUGGAAUAGAUUACAUAGAGAAAAGAAUGAAUUUCCAUUGAACUUAAAAGGAUUUUCAAAGACAUUCCUCAGUGCAAAAUCUAGAGAAAUCUGGAAUGGCAGGGUUAAGUCAUCUCUGACUAACACGUUUCAUGAUAAAUGGCAAGGAAAUGCUGGUGAAAAGCUUGCAAUGGAGAUAAAAGAUCUGAUAAACUUGGAGUGCCAGAAGGAUAAGUUAAAACUGACUUUACCAAAGUCUUCCGGCAAAACUAUUGUUGCCAGAUUGAAUGGAACAAAUACAGAUUUGCUGGAAGUAACGUUACAGGAUCAGGAGUGUAAGGCAACAACUAAUGUCACUCACUUCAUUCUGGAGACAUCCUUUCGUAACUGUGGGUUUAAUAUUGCAUUUGAUGGUGGAAGGUACCAUUUCAAAAAUCAGAUCUUAUUCUGGUCACCUGUAGGGGUUUCAGACUCUUUUGUUGAUGAUGAAGACAUGUUCAGCUCAGAAGAUGGAUCUGGACUGGGUUAUAAUAUUCAUAAAGCUCUAGCAAGUCACAAAAGAAUCGCUCAGUCUCGUCUCAUUUUUAAUAAAAGUUUUCAAUGUGCUUUUGACUUCAUCAAUGAUGGAAGCAUCUUUGAAAUGGUCAAUGAUGCUCGUGUAUAUCACAUGGAACUCUACCAGGACUCUCACUUUCAUAAGAUGCUACAGAAGGGAGAUGGACCAAUUGAAGUGAUGGCUCGAGAUAACAUUUAUGUAAAGGCAUCAAUUGUUGCAGGUCCUGAUAUGUAUAUUGUAACAGAUGAGUGCUGGAUUUCUUUGUACAACAGCUCAUAUCAUGUAGCUGAGGACCAAGAAGUAUUGAUUCAGCAUAGUUGCCCCAAACAUUUAAGUGUUGGUCUACUAAGUGUGGAGUCAUCUAAUACUGGAGGCAAUUCAAGGGGUUUGUAUCAUCAGCAGGGGUUUUUCUUUCAGUUGACUGAAAGGUGGAUUGGUCAUAAUGUUUAUUUGUACUGUCGCCUUGCAGCGUGUUCUGAAAAAACGAACAGUCCAAUUGAUGGAGUUAAACAGUGUAUUGACCCAAAAGAAUAUUGUGUUGGAAACAGUAUCAAGCAGUUUUUGGAAAGUCGAGCUGGACGUCACUUUAGCACAAUAGCCAAAGGGCCAUUGCAUGUUUUACCCCUCCAAGGAAGUAGAAGCUCUAAUGUGGAAAAUUCAAAAACACCUAUCUUGUUUAAACAUCUUCCUCCAUUGAAUAAGCAUCCAGAUGUGUUAUCUUCAUCAGAUGGUUCUGUUCAAGUCAAAAAAGACCUGUGUGGAAAACAGAAUAUGGUGGGAGUAUCAACAGUUGCUGUUGUGGGAAUAGCUUUUGCCUCUUUUAUUAUUGGAGUUGGGUUAAUGGCUGUACUGUGGUUUAUACACAUAUGUACAGAUCCUACUCGGAAGGCCCAAGACCAACAGAAAGGUGGUGUUCACCAUCAUCACCGUCACCAUCAUUCUGGCUAUGAUCUUUCAGGACAUAGUGGAAGUUCAACUCCCAACUCACAAGCUCCCAUGGCAGUCACGUGAUUUCUAUACUGUUGCUUUUGUUUUACUCAGUGGAAGAAGUUCCUGCCCUCCUUAAGUACCUGACUGCAGCUAGUUUAUUUGUUUAGUAUGUGCAUGUAUGUAUGUGCCUGUGUCAGAAAGACAUCACAAUAUACCUUGAAAGUACAACAUCUUCAUAUGAAAUUUUGGAUACAUAUCACCAUCUAUUAAAAAAAUGGUAUACUUUUAAACUCAGGCUGUAAUUGUAUGAUGUCAAAUACAUAUUUAUAU